AUUAAAGUUAGUUAUGAAUAUGAGAAAAUGGACCACACUUAGGAUAAAUACACUCAAUGAUAACCAUCAUGACCAAAUUAUUGCACAGAAAGAGUAUGAAAAGUUACAGCCGAAAUUAUUGCCAGAAGAAGAAAAUAAUCUUGUUAAUAUGAACACAAUGAGAUCCAAAUCAAUGAGUAGCUUUAAUACUCCACUCAACCAAAAUGAAGCAACUUCGACACUUGACUUGGCUACUCUAAAUAGGACUAAAAGUAACUCAAGAUCGAAGAGACUUGAAAAGACAUAUGAGUUUGUAGCUCAUGGAGCUCAGUCCGAUGUUUUAUCAUCAAUCAAACCGAAAUAAAUCACGGAACAGAAAAUUUGAGAUAGAGAAUACAUUUUCAGAAAGAGAAAUUGAAGAAAUAAUGAAUGGUAUGCAAUACCAAGCAUCAAAAAGUACGAACUCGAAAAACAGUUAUAUGAAAUUAAAGAAAUAAAUCAGCCCAAGAAGAGCUCAAUGAAUUAAGAGUGGAGUAUAAGAAUUGACUCUCGCAAUGAGAAAUAAUUGCUCAAGAUAAUCAGAACCUUGCACAGCAUCUUAAAUUUGCUAAUCAAGAAAUCAUUGCUUUAAAAAGAUCACAGAAAUCACAAAUUACAGAAGACAGUUUUGCCUCUCGAAUUGAACACUUACAAAGAGAGGAGAUUAAGCAAGCUAAGGAAUAUAUAGAGGAACUCGAAAAAGUAUUAGAUAAAUCAAAGUCAAACAUUAUUUAUCUCAAAGACUUAAUAGUAGAGAAGGAUGACAAGAAUAGAACAUUACAGAAGGAAGUUGCAUUCUAUAGAGAACUCUCUGAGAGGCAUAUCGCAGAGUCCUCAAGACUUGGAAAGGACAUUAUUUCUAUAAGGUCUCAGUAUAACAAACUUUUGAAUAAGAGUUCCCAAAUUAAGAAACUGACAAAUCCAAAGUUGGGGAGAACUCAGUCUGUAUUCUCAAUGCCAGGAGCUUCUGAUUCAAUUCCUAAUCAUGAGAAUCAAGAAAUUCGGAGUUUUAAACACAUCAAAGGUAAAUCAAAAACAAGCUUGGCUAGCAGUAAAGAAAAUGAAGAGGCUUGUAUAGUUGCUUCCAAAAUUAACCUUUCUCUUAAAGAGAACCCCGUUAUGCAAAAAUAUGUCUCAGGAAAACCCAAAAUGCUACAUCCAACCAAGCCAAAAUCUCCACUUCAAAGCCUCCUAAAACCCCUCCAAAACACCCCUACAUUUCCUUAACCCCACCUGCAACGCCCUCAAAAAAUUUC